AUGGCUUCCAGGCGUUUGAGGACAUUAAAGCGGUGGAUGAAGUCCAAGGGAUUCCAGUGGAGCGAUGCACUGGAGUUUGUGGACACCCCAGAAGAGGGAAUAGCGGUGAGAGCUUUGUGCGAGUUGAAGGAAGGUGAUGUUGUGGCCAAAAUGCCAAAAGAAGCUUGCCUCACCACCAAGACUAGUGGGGCACGUGAGAUCAUUGAAGAGGCUGGUUUGGAUGGUCAUUUGGGGCUAGCAUUUGCCAUCAUGUAUGAGAGAAGCUUGGGUGGGGACUCCCCUUGGAAUGGAUACCUUCAACUCUUGCCUUACCAAGAGAGCGUGCCAAUUGUCUGGACCCUCAAUGAAGUAAACGAGCUUUUGUGUGGUACUGAGCUUCACCAGACAGUGCAAGAAGACAAGGCUCUGAUUUAUGAGGACUGGAAAGAGAAUAUUCUUCCCCUAUUGGAUUUAGCACCCUUAAAACUAAACCCGAAAUUCUUUGCCAUAGAACAAUACUUUGCAGCAAAAAGUCUUAUAUCUUCACGAUCUUUUGAGAUUGAUGACUACCAUGGUUCUGGCAUGGUUCCCUUGGCAGAUCUAUUUAAUCAUAAAACAGGUGCAGAGGAUGUGCAUUUCACCGCCAUGUCCUCUAAUGAUGAUUCAGACAGUGAUGAUGAUGAUAGUACUAAUGAUGGGGCUCUUAAUGAAGAAGUAGCUUUCACCCAAAGUUCCUCUGUGGAUAUGACUGCGUCCAAUAUUGCUAAUGCUGGAAACUGCACUGCUAGCGAUUUAGAGAGUUCUUCAGAUAGUGAGGGUGAUACUUCUAUGUUGGAAAUGAUUAUGAUAAAAGAUGUCAGCAGUGGAACUGAGGUAUUUAAUACUUAUGGGCUGUUGGGUAAUGCUGCUUUGCUUCAUAGAUAUGGAUUUACCGAGCAAGAUAAUUCCUAUGAUAUUGUAAACAUAGAUAUGGAGCUGGUACUUCAAUGGUGUUCUUCAACGUUUUCUGACCGCCACAGUAGAGCAAGAGUUGCCCUUUGGAGAAGGUUAGGCUAUUCUGCAUGUGGCAACCAAAACUCUGAAUAUUUUGAGAUCUCAUUUGAUGGAGAACCACAAAUUGAACUCCUGAUUUUAUUACACAUCAUGUUAUUGCCAGAUAAUGCUUACCAGAAGCUAGACCUAUCGGUAUCAGUUACUGGGAAUUCUCAUGAAUCAAAUGUUGGAACCACCCUUCUGAAUGGUUAUAUCUUUCCUAACAAAGCAUCUAAUAUGAGCAAGAAAUCCUUGCUGCCUAAAAAUACUUGUGAUGCCCUGAUGUCACUUGCUGACAUGAGGGAGAGUCUCUAUGGUUUGAAUUCAAUUGAAGAUGACAUGGAAGCAUUGGAAAGGUGUAGUUUAGUCAGAGAGAGAAAGGUGUUCCACUCUUUGAUGCUGCGCAUCAAUGAAAGGAAGAUUCUUGAAAAGCUCAGAAAGUAUGCUUCACCGGCAGUUGAAAUGAAUAAGCAUAGUUCUCCAAGGAAGAAAUUGAAAAGGACAACAAAGAAAACGAGUUGA